GUGAAAUUGAAAGGUUGGAGGCCUUCGUUCUUUUCCACGGUUUUAAAAGGACAGGAGACAAUAGCGUUUGUGGUGAAAGGUAGAGCAUCCGAAGUAUUUCUUAAGGAGAAGAACCAAGUUCCUAUUCCAGUGGUGAACUGGUGGCGCUUUUAUUAUAAGCUCGCGUUUCAUUUGUAACUGUAAACAUACGAUAUUUCUCCAGUAUUUUCUCUUCAGUCUCUAUUUAAACCAGUCUGGGUGAAUACUACCUUUCCUCUGUAAUAAGCAGUUUACUCAUGCACUAAAUAAAUAGAUAAAGUAAUUUAAUUUGUUUAACACCGCAGAUGAGUGGAUGUUGGGAAGCUUGUAGCUAUUUGGACUAGGUCAUGGAGGACAUGGGAUAUUCUAUGCGCAGGACGUAAACAGACCACUGAAACUAUCUCCUUUCUAAACUGUGAAGCUAGCAUGGAGCAUUCCAGAGGGGGAAGAAAAAUGGAAGGGACUCUUCUCAACCCUGAGUUAUUUGAGUUGGUCUUCAGGAAAAUCUGAGGUAUUGGAAUACAGAUUCCUGCUCAUUUUCAUUCCCUGCUCAUUUGGAUGGCCCUCGGUGGUGGAAGAUGUGUGUGAUGGCUGGUCACGUACAGAAACGGCGAUAAAACAGGGCUGUACAGUUCUUUUCUCUAGAACUUCUGUAGCUUAGGAAGCUUACGUGGGAGGUGCAUCUGUGCAUAAGGUCUUUUGCAGAGUUUGUAGGUUGCUUAAUUUAACUGUUGAAUGGGCUCUGAGCAGUGUAAUUAAAGAAACCAGAGCUCACCCAGCUCGUCAGACUGCCUAGGGAACUGGUCUAACGCAGUGGUUUUCACCAGUGUUAUCUGUGGGUUACUGGGGAUCCCUGGAUCAGGACGUAUAGGCUCAGGUGAGACGAAGCACACACAAACUUUUCUGAAAUGUGUGUGUAUUUACAGUAUAUGAAGGGAAACACUUUUAGAAUUUUGCAUAUGAAUAUGCAUGUGAUUUCUAAGCUCUUUUCAAGCAGUGUGAUCAGAAUUUGUUCUCCCGUGUACAAUUAUUCUCUGUGUAUAAUUUGUUCUAGAGCGAAGAACUGCAAUGUGCCAUCACGAGCCUCCCACCUAUGGGUGCUGGGGAAAAAUAGCAGCAGUGCUCCUUUGUCACAGAGGCCUUAUCAUUUGCAUGUCCUCUGGUGUGGUGUCACUUCCCCAGAACAUAUUAUAUUUGAUUUGUCACAGAUAUCUUAAACUGUUCAUCUAACCUGGAAUGCCUUACAGUAGGAAAAUAAGGCCAAAAGAUACAAACGCUUCUGUCAUAUUUCUACAGUAUCAGUUAAGGCCCAGCAUUGAAAACCACUGUAUGGGGUUUUUUUUCUGAAGAAGGGAACUGGGUAUUUCUAGUCCAAAAAGCCUGAGAUGAAGGAAGAGACUUUGGGAGGGGUGAGAUGAUACUGUUAUUGGGCAUGUGAGACUCAUAAAAUCAGUGACUGAAUACUGAAUCUUAAAGACUCUGGACUGGGGAGAGGUGCUUCUGCGGAAGAAUUUGAAAUUGUCCAUCUAUGAUUACUUUUUGAAUGUCAAGGGAUAAGUUAUUUUGCCCGUUGGAAUCUCUUAGUUCCUUUGCUUCGUGCCCUGAACAGCGCGUGUCUUGCAAAAGCAUGCGGAGUAUGCUGCUUUGAGAAAUGAGCCGUCAGACUGCUACAGCACUACCUACAGGUACUUCAAAGUGUACGCCAUCGCAGAGGGUGCCUGCACUGACUGGCACUACAGCUUCCAAUAAUGACUUGGCUAGUCUCUUUGAGUGUCCUGUGUGUUUUGACUAUGUGCUGCCACCAAUUCUUCAGUGUCAGAGUGGCCAUCUGGUUUGUAGCAACUGUCGCCCCAAACUUACGUGCUGUCCAACUUGCCGAGGCCCGCUGGGCUCCAUUCGUAACCUGGCUAUGGAGAAAGUUGCCAAUUCUGUACUAUUCCCAUGUAAAUAUGCCUCUUCCGGAUGUGAGAUAACUUUGCCACACACAGAAAAAGCAGACCAUGAGGAGCUGUGUGAGUUUAGGCCUUACUCCUGUCCAUGUCCCGGUGCUUCAUGUAAAUGGCAAGGUUCUCUGGAUGCUGUAAUGCCACACCUGAUGCAUCAACAUAAGUCAAUUACCACACUUCAGGGAGAAGAUAUAGUGUUCCUUGCUACAGACAUUAAUCUUCCUGGUGCUGUUGACUGGGUGAUGAUGCAGUCUUGUUUUGGCUUUCAUUUCAUGUUAGUAUUGGAGAAACAGGAAAAGUAUGAUGGUCACCAGCAGUUCUUUGCAAUUGUACAGCUGAUAGGAACACGCAAGCAAGCCGAAAACUUUGCUUAUCGACUCGAGUUAAACGGUCAUAGGCGGCGAUUGACUUGGGAAGCAACUCCUCGAUCUAUUCACGAGGGAAUUGCAACAGCCAUUAUGAAUAGUGACUGUCUAGUCUUUGACACCAGCAUUGCACAGCUCUUUGCAGAAAAUGGCAAUUUAGGCAUCAAUGUAACUAUAUCCAUGUGUUGAAACGGCAAUCAAACCUCUUCAGGCCAGUGUUUAAAACCGUUGCAUUUAAUUUAGCAGAAACUAGGGUAACCAUCUUCGACUGUCAGACAAAUUACUUGGUAGAUGGAGGGUAGACACAUAUGAAGGUAAAUAAAAGGAAAGGCUGUUAAAUUACAGGAAGCAGUUGCAUGUAGUAAUACUAAUAUAUUUAAAAUAAGUCAACAGUAAACCACUGAAAAUAUAUAUACACCCAAAAUGGGCAUCUUUUGUAUUAAGAAUUGAUUCUACAGGAAAUGUUGUAAAAUAAUUCUAAAAACUUGUUUGUAGAUUGAUUGUACUGUUGAAAAGGAUACUGUUUCGUGUUUUUGUUUGUGUUUUUUUUCCUCCCCCCUUUGACUGACAAGCCAUGUUGAGCGGUCUGGUCUCUGGCCGCUGCUUCCCCUCCUCCCCCCCUUUGUAAGUCAUUACAUAGUAUUGCUGCUGUUUGUGUAUAUUUUUUGUGUAUUUGCUAAUUUUUAUUAACUUCUAGUUU